GGUUACGUGCUAUAAAGGAUUGGUAAUACACACUACAGAUUUUGUGUAGUAGCUGUAGUGUUGCCAUUCAAUAAAAUAUAAUCUAGAUCUAUAUCAAAUUUAAUAGUUAAUACAGUUAUCAUGGCUAGUACAACUCAAACUAUUCGGCGACAGCUACCGAAUCCCUCAAGGACUUACGAUUUUCUAUACGAUAAUAAUUACAUCUUAUCUUCUGCACAUGACCAUGGAAGAGUCACUUUUCAAGCUCAUACAAGCACAAACCGAAUUAAGCAGGUUCCUGUUUUUAAAACAAUGUUCUCAGAACUACGACAUCAUCCUAGAUUUCAAGUACACCUUGAUGUAACUGAUCCAGUACCUAAAUUUAUUACAAGAGAAUGGAAAGGUCACGGAGACUCUAUGAUCAGAUAUGCCACAUUUAAAAAUGAUUCCUCAAUAAAAGUCUCUGGACAAGAAAUGGAUAGUGCUGAUGUUACAGGCAGAAAUCGCUUCUUAUAUUUAAAGAGGCCAAUCAUACCAUUCUUACAGCAGGUCCCUCCUGAAGUUUUGCUGUCUACAGCAAGACAAGAUCCCUUAAGUGGACCAGAGAAUGUUAUAGCCAAACGUUUACAAACGCCAGCAACCAAGACUAUAGAAACACAAACUGACUAUAGAGAUCAAGAGAUUCAGACAGAUCCCUACACCCCUGAAUAUGUUGUUCGUCCAGGAGAAGCACCUGAGCUUCUCACUCUUGCAACUUUGUCAUUUGGUCGUGGCUUACCUGCAGGCUUGGCUGAAGUUGAAAUGAUUGAACGUGCUAGAGCUAAAAGAGCUUGGGAAGCAAAUCUUCCUCCACUUAGUGAUACUGCCUCCCUUGAAAAAAGGAGGAAAAUGAUGGAUGAAAUGGAAAGGAAAGAGUGGGCAUUAAGAGAGCAUGAAAUAGAAAAGCUUCAGGAGGCAAGACUGGAAGUUUUAAAACAACUUUUGAAGCAAAGAGAAGAUAACCACCAGGAAUUAAAUAUCAAGAGACUUGAUAAACUUUGGGCAGUUAAACAAAAAAGCAAGGAGGCUAAGAUUAAAAAAAUUAGAAAUGAGCACAUCAAAGCAUUAAGAAAGUUAACUGAAAAAAGAUUACGAGUGGAAACAAGUUUCUGUAGAAGUGCUAUUAUACAAGAAUAUGCAGAUCCUGGAUCCCAGACCUAUGCACCAUUGACAAGAAUUGGGGUGUUUUUAGACCAUGGAUCUGAACAAUAUCUUGUAAAAUCUAGACAUUUAUCAACAUACCAGGGACUUCUUGAACUUGAAGCAUCAUUACCAGAUUUUGUGAUGAAUCCUAGAGUUAAAGCACCCCGACCUGUUACUGUCACUAAAACUGGGUUUAUUAAAAGAAAAUUCAAAAAAGAAAAAGAGCUUGCAGAGGCCUAUGAAGCCAUUAAAGCUGAGGAAGAAAAAAAUCAGGAUAUUCCAAGAGCUUUACGCUUUUUGCAAAGAAUUGAGCGGCCCAUUCCUCGUAUUCCUCGUCCACCUACCCCAGAGAUUGAAAUACUUGAUGAUGAAGAGGAAAAUAAGCAAUUGGCUGUUAUAUUUUUGCAACAAGUAUUUAGAGGUCGUGCCAUCCAAAAUAAUAUGCUUGAAGGCAAAGCUAAACGCAGAGAAUUAAUCAAUGAGAUUAGAUCAACCCAUGCACUGCAAGAGAAGGAACAAAAUAUGAAAAAGCAUGAAGAAAAAGAAACUCUAGCAUUACAGAAACAGAGAAGACUGCAUGAACAUAAGGAAUCACUGAUUGAUGAAUCACUUGCUGAACUGGAAAGUAAAAGCCUUGGUGAAAUGUUUGAUUUUCUAACUAAAGAACUUGUGAGAUUGCAAGAAGAGCGAAGAAUACAUGCUUUUUCAAUGCUGGCUGAACGUCAAAGGAGAAUAAGAGAAGCUGAAGAAAGUGGAAGACGACAAUGGGAAAUUCGAAGAAGAAGAGAAGAAGAUGAAAUUUUCAAGCAGGUAGUUAAAACCCACCAAGUAACUGUGGACUCCUAUCUGGAGAAUAUUAUCACAGGAUCAAUUGAUAGAACAGCCAAUGAACAAGCCAGGCUUGAGAUUGAAGAACAGGCUGCUGUGAUAAAUGAUUUAGCUUAUCAAGUGGAAGACAGUCGAGAUAAACUAGAAUCUGAGGAAAUAGUUGCAGAUCUUGUUCAUUGUUUCCUUAUUCCUGAAGCCAAGAAGCAAACAGUUAGGGAAAAAGUACGUAGAACCCAACGUAGGUUUCUUCUUGCCGCACAUAAUGAAGUUCACAAAGAAGGCACUGAUUUGAUAGCCAUUCACAAUAAACAAAAGCAAUUAGAAAAUGAAGCUUUGCAAGGAGUACCACAAGUUACUGUUGAGAGUGGAGUUGAACAGGAUAAGCUACCGGAUAUGGCAUCUGAAUAGAGAUUAUGAAGAAAUUGAUAGAAACAUCAUUAUUUUUGGACACUAUAUACAGGGUAUCAACAAAUCAAAGCCCAUAUAUUCUAGAAUUUUUUUAUACUCUUAUACUUAUUUAAACAUAUAAGUCAGUUUUCUUUAGAUAUUUAAAGAAAUUAGGACCAUUUUAAUUUAUUAAGAACUUUAUCCUGGUGUUAAAAAACUAGCAAAACAGUCAAUUAGGUAUAUUCUAUGUAUUGUUCAAUAUUUAUGUUACACAAAUGUUUUUCAGAACAUUCCAUUGAUGUUUGUCACUUAUGAAACAACUUUUAAAAAAUUUAUAAUUUCAUUGAAUAGCAUACUAUAUUUUACCCAAUUAAUUUGAUUUGAACAAUUCAAAAUAAAAAUCCAUUUUUUUACUGCUUAAGAUUUCUUUAUUAUUACUGUCUACAGAGCUAUUUAACAAAAGUAUUUGUGUUUAAACUUAGAAAAAAAUGUAUAAAAUAACUUUGUACUAAAAUAAAUUGACAAAUAUUCUAAUUCUAUUACUUGUUUUUUGUCUUUAAAAAGUAAAAUAAAUUUGGUUAAGAUUUUAUAAUUUUUUAAUUUGCAAGUUUCAUUGAAAAGCCAUUUGACCAACCAAUACAGAAAAAAUACAUAUUUAUAUGGUCUGGGUUAUGAGCUGAUUCCUCCAAAAGCAUAUGACUUUGCCAUAAUUAUACAAACUAAGGAUACAUUUUGACUUACUUUGAAUGAUCAGAACAAUAACAAGUUUUUCGUUUUGUUUUAUCUGGUUUAUUUUUAUAAUUAAAUUAAAUUUAUUUUUUGCUAACUUGAAUUAAAUAUUUUUUGGUCUUUUGAAUUUUUUUUUUACAAUUUCUCAGAAGUAACUCUAGAAAUCAAAACCAUUUUGUGUAGAACAUCAUUUAUAAAAUGUAAAUGAUUUUUGUCUUGUUUAUUUUAAAACAUGUAUUUUGCAAUGAUUUAUACAAAAUGUGAAUCUAUAUUUUUUACUAACUGUGAUUAUGAUAAGGCUUUAUUCGUAAUAGUUAUAGUUUUGUUACAUUACUGUUAUUUUGCAAUGUUGUAUACAUUUAAUUCAAGUUUUUGUCCAUGCAACUGGAUUUAUUUUGGCAUGGCCAAGACAUGAAGAGUCUCAAGUUUGGUUCCCAAUUAUCUGUGUUGGGGAAAGUAAAGUUGCAUACUGUUACCAAAAAAAUACCUUGAUAUACCAAAGUUGAGUAACAGAUGCACUCAACAUCAGCUGCCCUAGAAAACUUUUGGUACUCCUGAUGCACAUAAUUAUAUCAUCACUAGUUAAAAGGA